CGGCGCCACUCCACUCCGAGUCACUCCGUGGCCGUGGCCGCAGCGACGCAGAGGACGCGCUCCAGCCCAAGCUGCCGAGCCGAGUCGAGCCGAGGCCGAGGGCAGCCGAGUCAAGCGGAGCCGAGGCCGGGCCGAGGCAAGCCAUGAGGCAAGCCAUGAGGCUGGUGCGCUGUGGGCUGGUCCUGGCGGUCGGCGUGUACCUGCUGGGCCUCGGACCGCCCCGGGCCAGGGCCGAGAACGAGGAGGCCUGCGAGACGCUGCCCUCCGAGAUACACAUCGUCAAAGAGGAGUUCGACGAGCUGGGGCGCCUGUCCAGGACGUGCAACGGGGACAUCGCCGUUAACAAGUGCGAGGGCGCGUGCACCUCCCAGGUGCAGCCCAGCGUCAUCACCCCCACCGGCUUCCUCAAGGAGUGCUACUGCUGCCGGGAGAGCUUCCUCCGCGAGCGCGUGGUCGCCCUGACACACUGCUACGACCCGGACGGCGCGCGACUCACGGCGGAGGGCCGCAGUUCCAUGGAGGUGAAGCUGCGCGAGCCGGCCGACUGCCGCUGCUUCAAGUGCGGCGACUACUCGCGCUGACCAGACGAGACGAGGCUGCCGACCCACCCCACAACAGCUUGACUCGAGUUCAUCCCCCUUUCUGACCAAAUCGACCAAGUAGAUGAAUUGUUAACCAAUACCAGGAGAGUGCAAAUUUUUAAAUUCGAUAUGAUUUUAAUUCUUUUAAAACUGAUGCUUGGUGAUGUACGUAGCUCUCCCCUUGUAUACCUGCAAAAGAUAAAUGUACUCGAUUUUUGUUAUCAGCAAACAAAAAUUGCUUCAUUGUGGACCUGUUAAAAACUUUUUUUCUGACUGUGUGUUAAAAUGUUUGAUACCCCAAAACUACCUCACCUCACGUGUCCUCCAAAGAAAUUGUACAUAGUGUCUAAUUUUGUGAAGUCACAAAUAAAAUGAAACACAA